AUGACGAUCGAACUAUCUUUCGGAAAAUACGAAGGUCAAUCCAUUGAGGAUGUAUUCAAGAGUGAUCCUGGAUACUGUCGGUGGAUUCACAACCAGCCCAGUCUCAACAUUAGUGAGGAUAUCAAGAUAUUCCUACACAGCAAGUUCCUAAAUAAUGAUAAUUCAUAUAUGAUGACUUGGGGCAAGUACAAGGGUAAGAGUCUGAAACAGAUCAGUCGUAUGGAUCCGAACUAUAUCGACUGGCUUCGUAAAAGUGAAUUCGUGAUUGAGAAAUGUCCAAAGCUACUCAAGGAACUUAACUAA